AUGAAUUCAUCGUCGGAAAUACCGCCGAGCAGUACUAACAGUGAUGUUUCCAAUGUUCAGCGUAAUAUUAUUGAUAGUACUUCGUCCGUAAAUAGAGUGCCCAACACGUCAGGACCGUCUGCUAACGAGCCCGCUUUGGUGGCUUCUGCACCUCCUCCAGCUGAUCCUGAAGUGAAACCGGGCAGCAUGAGGUCAGGCGAAGAAGCACGAGACCAUUGUCCUGCCAUAAAGCCCGAAACGAAAGUUGAUGUGAAGAAAUCGGUGUCGGACGUUGAACAGAGUUCUACAGUCACAAAUUGCGGAACUGGUACUGUUGAUGGUGAAAGUACUACAGCAGCUCCCAGUGUCGAAUCCGCUAUCGAUGAUGCUGAUGUGACCAUGGACGAUGCUGAUCUCAGCGAUGGAGAUCAACCAGGACCAGCUGGUGUUCUCCGGAAGCCAUCGGCAGCUCCACAGAUCGAUGCCGAACAACUACGCUGCGAUCCGGAUUUUGCUAUAAUUUGCAGCUUCAUCAAUAAAUUCUUCACACUCAUGAAAAUGGAACCAGUCAGCUUUUGUCAGUUAGAAAACAUGUUCACCACGUUGGAAGACGGCAGAGUCUCAAAAGAGCUUGUUGAUCUUCACCUGAAGUUGCUGCGUCGUUCGAUAGUGAAGACCAUACCUACGGCUUUACGUGCAAUGGAUAUGAGGGAUACGGUCACCGGAGUUGACAAAAACGGUUUGGCAUACUACUGUCAAAUUGAUUCGAAAUAUGGCCUUCGUCUUUACACCACUGAACAGGAUGACGAAAGCGGAUAUUCUUGGACGUUAGUGGCUCGUGACAUGACCGACCUGGAAAAUCUCAUCGCGAAAUUGAAAGCCGACGAUUUGGGAUAUGUAAAGAAUCCAAAUGAUAAACGCGAAUUUAAUAAGCCGGCCGAAGGUGAUGCUGAACCUGCCAUAAAUAUGGUUACUAAAAAAGGUACUUUUGUGGACAUGUUCCUCGAUGAAGCUGCAAUUAAAAAAAUGCGGGAAACUAUGGUUAAGGAGAAAGAAGAAAGGCGUACUAGGCGUAAUGCUAGAUUAGAAAAUACGUCAGAACCUCAGGAGGAGGUCGUCCCUGAGGAGGAAGAAAAGCCUGUAGAGGUUGAAGAAGGUGACCGUCGUGUUUUACCUCGACGAUCUGCAUCACAGAAAGCGCAAUCGAACAUUCGAAAGUACAUCACUCCGUCAAGGAGAACUCAUGAAAAGAAAACCAACCCUACUGAGCAGCAUGAGGAAGUAAAAGAUGAGAACGCGAAACGAGAUUCCUCUUCUCCUGCUUCGGAUGAUUCUGAAGGGUCCGCGGGCACUUCAGAUGCAGAAGUAGAUGGAUCAGCUACUAGUGAUGAUGAGUUCAAACCAAAGACUCCAAAGAAAUCCACAGGGAAGAGGCGGCAUAGAAAAAAGAAAGUCAUCGAUGACGUGGAGGACGAUGAUGAAUCUGCAGAUGAAGACGAAGAGGAGGUGCGACGUAGAGCUGAAGGUGAUUUUGCUUGUGGUUCCUGCAAGCUGAGUGAUAACGAAGACAUCCUGCUACUGUGCGAUAACUGUGACGAUGCUUGGCAUACGACGUGUUUGAAGCCUCCUUUGUGGUUUGUUCCUGGUGGCAAGUGGUAUUGUCCGAAAUGCGAGCAUGGAAUGCUUAUCGAAUGUCUUACUUACGUUCAAGAAGUUCUCGUGAUCCAUCAGAAGAAAGCGGCAGCAGAAGAAAAGAAGUGA